ACGGGCUCACGCCACCCCACGCACCUCUCGAGUCUCGACCCGAGCCCGCCCCCGGACUCGGAGUCCACCCGGCCCGGGGUCAGCCAGCACCUAACAACGCUCCCUUGCCAUCACCACCACCGCCAGCAGCAGCAACGAGUGCGAGGGGUUUAGGUUCUGGUGCGGCGGAGCGUUGCGGGAUCCAGGGAUCGGAUGACGGCGGCGACGGAGGAGCCGCGGCUCCUGGGAUCCGCCCCUGGGGUGGAAGACGCGGGGGAGAUCGACGGUGCGGUGGUGGGGAAGCAAGGGCGGCCGCGAGGCGACGACGACAAGGAGAUCCUGCGAUUCAUGGACUCGGUGGACGGUUACCUCUUCCUCAUGGACUCCCUCUCCUCCGCUCUUCGUCAGGGGUGGCUCGAUCUGGCAAGUGCUCGCCAUUCUAUGGGCCCAUCACGUGUUUCAAGUACACUGUUUGAUCAUAAAGAACAGUCUGCUGCCACUAAGCUGCAAGUUGUUGAUCAUGCUGGCCUGAAACCAUCAGAGUCAAAACCACACUUUGCCUUAUCGAAGUGGUGUUUGAAAGAAGAAUGUCACUCCACCUAUGAUGUCGGUAAGCAAGCUAGUACUGAGCCAAAGUUGAGGCAUCGAGGAUCAGCUACUACCCCAGAAGAUGGAAACCCUGAAAGUGAUGCAACCACGGCAGAUUCGGCUACUGAUGCUGGCACUAGCAAUCAUGUUCAAAGAGCGAGAUCAAAAGCAUUGUCAGUCUUUGGAGCACUGGUGUCUCCAAAACUACGAACAGCCCAAAUUUCAUUUGAGACAGCCCUUGAAUUGAUUGUAGAGCUAGCAAAUUCAAGGUCGAAUAUGCUAGCAAGUUUCUCCCAGUUAAAAGAGUGAAGCUUGGCUUUUGUUUUGAGGUUUUGUACACCAGACAUCUAUUCAAUACUCAUGGGAUUGGAGCAACUGUAAACUCAGUCUGGAAUCCAGUAUAUUUUCAAGGAAGCAUGAAUAUUUGUUUUGUGUAGCUCAUUAGCUGUAACCUAGAUAAACAUUGUGGUC